AUGGCUGGCUGGGGUAAUUGGAGGAGCUCUAAUUCAUUUGAGGACCGGCCCACAGCCUCAAGCAAGCCGCCAAUAGUUUCUGCCCUUUCAGAAUCAUUUUUCAAGCCAAGGCUUGCCUUCGAUAGACGUGUCCGUCUGAAACAGAUUUUCCGUCGACGAGUUAAAGAUCCAAGACAUUGGAACAUUUACCUGCUGACCGUUCGACAUAAGAAAGUCCACCGGGCAAAUGUUAGAUUCACGAGAGAUAUCCUAAUGAGAGAUGUUCUCAGAAUCACAACCGACGAGAUCUUUGUCUGUGAUCCAUUGUCGAUAGAUAUGUCGCUAGUUAGCGGCUUAGCAGUUAUCAUCGCCACUGAACCAACAUCCGAAGAACCAUUUACCCUACCACAUGCAACGAAGGACGAGAAGGGCCUCAACUUCAAUUGGGUAAUUUGCGUAAAGGGUAUUUGA